AUGAUGAUGAUGUUCGAUGAAAUGGGAUUUUGUGGUGAUCUAGAUUUUAUAUCUACAACUCCUGGGGGAGAAGUGGCCAUCCCACAGGCUGAAACUGAGGCCACCGUGGAGGAUGAUUAUACUGAUGAUGAGAUAGAUGUAGAUGAGCUUGAGAGAAGGAUGUGGAGAGAUAAAAUGCGUCUCAAGAGACUCAGAGAACAGACGACUAAGGGUGGUAAGGAAGUGAUUGUCACCGCAAAGCAGAGGCAGUCCCAAGAGCAGGCAAGGAGGAAGAAGAUGUCGAGGGCCCAAGAUGGGAUUUUGAAGUACAUGUUGAAGAUGAUGGAAGUUUGCAAAGCCCAAGGCUUUGUCUAUGGUAUUAUUCCAGAGAAGGGAAAACCAGUUACUGGGGCAUCGGACAAUCUUCGUGAAUGGUGGAAGGACAAGGUCAGGUUUGAUCGUAAUGGACCAGCAGCUAUAUCCAAGUACCAAGCUGAUAAUGCAGUUCCUGGCAGGAACGAUGGGUGCAACCCAAUUGGUCCAACCCCUCACACCUUGCAAGAGCUUCAAGACACCACUCUGGGUUCUCUCUUGUCAGCACUUAUGCAGCAUUGUGAUCCUCCGCAGAGGCGGUUUCCUUUAGAGAAAGGUGUUCCGCCACCGUGGUGGCCCACUGCGAAUGAGGAAUGGUGGCCUGAACUGGGUUUGCCUAAGGAUCAGGGUCCUCCACCAUACAAGAAGCCCCAUGACUUGAAAAAGGCAUGGAAGGUGGGUGUUCUCACUGCAGUUAUUAAGCAUAUGUCCCCUGAUAUUGCCAAGAUUCGUAAGCUUGUGAGGCAAUCUAAAUGCUUGCAAGACAAGAUGACAGCUAAGGAGAGUUCUACCUGGCUGGCCAUCAUCAACCAAGAAGAGUCCGUGGCUCGAGAGCUUUAUCCAAAUUCAUGCCCCCCUUUGUCUACAGCUGGAGCCAGUGGAUCUCUGGUGAUUAAUGACUGCAGUGAGUAUGAUGUUGAAGGGGCUGAAGAUGAACCAAACUUUGAUGUUCAGGAGUGUAAGCCUGAUAAUCUUCAUUCAUCGAAUUUUGGGAUGGAAAUAAUGAGGGAAGGGCUUCAGGUCCAUCAACCCACUUCUUUUCCAGUUAAAGGAGAAGUCAUCACAAACUUGGAUUUCAUGAGGAAAAGGAAGCCUUCAAGCGAUCUAAACAUGGUGGUGGAUCAGAAGAUCUACACCUGUGAGUUCGUUCAGUGUCCUUACAGCGAAUUCCGUCAUGGUUUUCAUGACAGAACUUCCAGGGACAAUCAUCAAUUGAGUUGCCCAUUCAGUAACAGGUCUUCUGAGUUUGGGGCAUCUAAUUUCCUUGUUAAUGAGAUUAAACCAGUCAUAUUCCCUCAAUCCUUUGUCCAAACCAAGGCAGCAGCUCCUUCCGCCAAGCCAGUGCCACCUUCCUUUGAUCUAUCAGGAGGAGUUCCAGAGGAUGGGCAGAAAAUGAUCAGCGAGCUUAUGUCAUUCUAUGAUAGUAAUGUUCAAGGUGACAAGAAUGCAAAUCCGAACAGUUCAGUGACCAAUGGUCAGAACUUUCCUCAGCCUAAAGUUGCACAUCAACAGGAUGAAUACUUCCGUGGUCAAGGAGUUAGGUUGGAUGGGAAUUUCUUUGAAGAAUCCAACGUCUCUAGUAAUCAUCACUUGUUUCCUCGAGAGGAAGGUCAAUUCGAGCAGUUUAAGGUCGUGAGUUCUCCAUUUGAGACCAACCAUAACAGUAACUUUCCGAUGAUGUUUGGGUCCCCAUUUGACUUGGCCUCAUUUGAUUACAAAGAAGAUCUACAAGGGCUGGCAUUGCCAAUGGAGAAGCAGUCGGAGACUUCAAUCUGGUUCCAGUGAAACGGAGAAUUAUGCAGGGUAUCUAACCCACAUCUGCACACGAGAUUCGUGGGUAAUAUACUUGAUGUGCUAAAACCUUACUUGAGUUAGUGUGUUGCUACUUAUUCAUCAUGAUUUCACAUGUAUUCUAGAUUUCUAGUAGAAUGAAUCAAGGUUAACAGCCUUAUAGAAGGAAUGAGCAGGCCAAUAAAUGGAGGAAGGAGGAAGGGGGAAGGGUUGUAUAAGCUACCCUUCCUUUUGUUAAUUAUAAAUAUAUAUAUUAACUGUGAUAUAAAUAAGUAGGUUGGUUUGUUUAACUUGUUUCUGUCUUCAAUUUUCUUUCAAUCCAGAUCAACCAUGGUGAUGGUUAGAAAUCUGAGUUUGUUGUCCUGGUCCUCCUGUAAGGCUGUCAUGUAAUGGGUUCUUCAGAUCAGAUUGAUUGAAUUGUCUUUAAUGUAAUGGGGUUCCCAACCAUGAUCAUGUAAUGUAGUGGAUUCUUCCGAUU